GAUCGUAAGAGGAUGACGAAGGCAGAAAUAACUGAUCUGGCUGACGUCAUGCAAAAUCUCAGGCCUUACACACAACCUCCAGAUGUAACGCACAACACGGCUCAGUCACGACGUAUGACGGCUGCCGAUAGGGUCAACAGAUAUAAGCAGUCUCGCCAAUCUUCUGCCUCCGAUGAUAUGGCCAUGGUCACAGGUACUGGAAGGUGGAAGGUGUCCGCCAAAAUACAGCAGCUGCUAAACACUCUGAAGCGACCGAAGAGAAGACCGCUGCCCGAGUUUUACGAAGAUGAUGACAUCGAGCUGGAGAUUGCAGCUAACCCCAAAGACCCUAAUGCCCCAAAGCCAGAAGGCAGUUCAAUGACUUCUGCAGUUGGCGAACAACUUGUGGUACCAUCUGGUCUGCCCAGAAACCUUGAGGCAGCGAUCCAGAGGUACGGCUCAGCUACUUACAAGGCACCUAUUGCGACUGUUUUGGAUCCUAAUGGAAAACUUACCAUAACACUCACUUAUGGCAAGCUUCUCAGUCGGUCACAAAAAAUUGCCUACACGCUUUUGAACAAGGCUUUCAGCAAAGGAGGAGAGACGUGUCUCAAAUCGGGUGACCGCAUCGCCCUCGUCUACCCCAACAACGACCCCAUCAAUUUUAUUUGUGCAUUCUACGGUUGCCUUCAGGCCGGCAUCGUUCCCGUCCCCAUCGAAGUGCCGCUAACGCGAAGGGAUGCGGGUUCCCAACAGAUUGGUUUCCUGCUAGGUAGCUGUGGUAUCCAGGUGGCUCUGACAUCUGAAGCUUGUCUGAAGGGAUUGCCCAAAACAGCUGCUGGAGAGGUGGUGGCAUUUAAAGGAUGGCCAAAAUUGCAGUGGUUUGUCACAGAACACCUCGCUAAAACUCCCAAAGACUGGUUACCUCCUCCAAGACUGACUGAUGAUACUCCGGCUUACAUAGAGUACACAACUGAUCGUGAUGGUUCCGUGAUGGGAGUGACGGUGACACGAGCGGCCAUGCUGGCUCACUGUCGCACGCUGACAAUGGCAUGCAACUACACAGAAGGGGAGAACAUGGUGUGUGUGUUGGACUUCAAGCGUGAAGUUGGACUAUGGCACAGUGUUUUGACCAGUGUACUCAAUGGAAUGCACGUUGUUUUCAUCCCUUACGCGCUGAUGAAGGUCAACCCUGCCUCAUGGAUGCAGAUGAUUACAAAGCACAGAGCUAGUGUAGCUGUGGUGAAGUCACGGGACCUGCACUGGGGGUUGCUGGCAACCAAGGACCACAAGGAAGUGAGUUUAUCGUCGCUACGAUUGCUCCUUGUAGCAGACGGGGCAAAUCCAUGGUCAUUGUCAUCAUGUGAUCAGUUCCUCAGUGUGUUCCAGGCCAAAGGGCUUAGGCCUGAUGCCAUCUGUCCUUGUGCAAGUUCCAGUGAAUGUCUCACAGUCUCUGUGAGGAGGCCAGGACGUGCAGGGGUGAAUGCUACAGGAAGAGGUGUACUGUCUAUGUCGGGCCUCAGCUAUGGCGUUGUGCGCGUCGAUCAAGAGAACUCUCUUACGUCACUUACUUUACAAGACUGCGGGCAAGUCAUGCCUGGUUGUGUAAUUGUGGUUGUGAGGAUGGAUGGUCCGUCUUUCCUCUGCAAGACAGAUGAGGUAGGGGAGAUCUGUGUAAAUUCAGGUGCAACAGGAAGCCAGUAUUGGGGUCUGCAAGGUCUUACCAACAGUGCUUUCAGAGUUCAGCCGCUCGGUAGCGACGGAAAACCGAUAGGAGAAGCUGAGUACACGCGCAGUGGUCUCCUUGGCUUCCUUGGCCCUGGUGGCUUGGUGUUUGUCUGUGGAUCACGUGAUGGGCUGAUGACAGUAACAGGGCGUAAACAUAAUGCCGAUGAUAUCAUUGCGACGGUGCUUGCUGUGGAACCCAUGAAAUUCAUCUACCGUGGGCGAAUUGCCGUGUUCAGUAUACGCGUGCUUCGUGACGAACGGAUUUGUGUCAUAGCAGAACAGCGACCUGACUGCAGCGAGGAGGAGAGCUUCCAGUGGAUGUCACGUGUCCUGCAGGCAGUCGAUUCAAUCCAUCAAGUCGGAAUAUAUUGCUUGGCUCUGGUCCCACCAAACUAUCUCCCAAAGACACCGCUCGGAGGAAUUCAUCUCUCGGAGACUAAGCAUCGAUUUCUAGAAGGAACGCUGCAUCCAGCUAAUGUGCUGCUCUGUCCCCACACUUGUGUUACCAACUUACCAAAACCUCGUGAGGUCCACUCAGCUGCUGACUUUGUUACAGACGUUGGCCCUGCCUCUGUCAUGGUGGGCAACAUAGUUCAGGGUAAUCGCCUCGCUUCUGCGCAAGGCAGGGAUAUGGGCAUUGUGGAUGAGGAGUCUGACUCUGCUCGCAAGUAUCAGUUCAUCUCUGAGAUCUUGAAAUGGCGAGCUCAGAGCACAGCGGACCACGUAAUCUUCACACUGCUCAACUCUAAAGGUGCUGUUGCAACAACAUUGUCGUGUUCACAAUUACACAAAAAGGCUGAACGCGUUGGAAAUCUUCUUUUGGAGAAGGGGAAGAUCAAUACAGGAGACCAUGUUGCACUCAUAUUUCCACCAGGCAUUGAUCUCAUAUGUGCUUUCUAUGGCUGCCUGUAUGUUGGUGCAGUACCAGUAACAAUCCGGCCACCACAUCCACAGAACCUGCAGACGACACUGCCAACAGUGCGAAUGAUUGUCGACGUUAGCAAAUCCGUACUUGUUCUUUCCAACCAGAAUGUCAUGAAGUUGCUCAAGUCCAAGGAGGCAAGCAAUGUUGUGGACAUCAAGUCAUGGCCCGUCACUCUAGAUACUGACGACAUGCCCAAAAAAAAGCUGCCAGUGACGUACAGAGCACCCACAGCUGAAAUGCUGGCGUACCUUGACUUCAGUGUGUCAACUACAGGGAUGUUGGCAGGCAUCAAAAUGUCCCAUGCUGCAGUAACAUCGCUAUGUAGAUCCAUGAAGCUGGCCUGCGAGCUCUACCCCUCACGACACAUCGCCCUCUGCUUAGAUCCUUACUGUGGCCUUGGCUUUGCGCUCUGGUGCUUGAGUAGCAUCUACUCUGGUCAUCAUUCCAUUCUAAUUCCUCCUUCGGAAGUGGAGGUGAACCCAGCACUAUGGUUGACUGCUGUUAGCCAGUAUAGGGUUAGAGAUACGUUCUGUUCUUAUGGUGUAAUGGAGUUAUGCACAAAAGGUCUAGGUUCGUCAGUAAAUCAGUUGAAGCAGAGAGGUGUGAAUCUGGGCUGUGUACGAACAUGUGUAGUUGUAGCAGAGGAGCGACCACGUAUCACGCUCACAACUAGCUUCUCUAAGCUCUUCUCUGCAUUGGGGCUUAGUCCAAGGGCUGUGUCCACCAGCUUUGGUUGUCGUGUAAAUGUUGCGAUAUGUCUACAGGGAGCAUCAAGCCCUGAGCCAUCAAUAGUAUACGUAGACCUACGGGCAUUGCGGAAUGACCGCGUGUCUUUGGUGGAAAGAGGUAGUCCACAUUCUCUCUGCCUCAUGGAAUCUGGGAAGCUUCUGCCUGGAGUUAAGGUCAUCAUUGCCAACCCUGAGACCAAAGGCCAGUGUGGAGACUCGCAUCUUGGAGAGAUAUGGGUGCAGUCAAGUCAUAAUGCAAGUGGUUACUUCACUAUCUACGGUGAUGAGAGUGACUAUGCAGAUCACUUCAGCGCAAGCUUAGUGACUGGAAAUACGGGUGAAGUGUAUGCACGGACAGGCUACUUGGGAUUCUUGCGACGAACGGAGUGUGCACAGCAGCAAGGUGGAGCUCAGCUGUCUGGCACGACGACGUUGCUCGGCGGUUCCAUGACGGCUAUCGGUCAGCCGCAGGGUGAUGCUGCAAGUGGAGAGCUGCACGAUGCUGUGUUUGUGGUGGGUGCACUAGAUGAGACUGUGAUGUUGCGAGGCAUGCGUUACCAUCCUAUUGACAUUGAGAAUAGCGUUAUGCGUUGUCAUAAGAAGAUUGCUGAAUGUGCUGUUUUCACCUGGACAAACCUGCUCGUCGUCGUCGUAGAAUUAGAUGGCAAUGAGAAUGAAGCACUGGAUCUAGUUCCGCUCGUCACCAACACAGUUCUUGAGGAACAUCACCUGAUAGUGGGCGUAGUUGUCGUCGUCGACCCAGGAGUAGUGCCUAUCAACUCGCGUGGUGAGAAGCAGCGCAUGCAUCUUCGUGACGGCUUCCUGGCGGACCAGCUGGAUCCUAUCUAUGUCGCCUACAACAUGUGAGACCGGGACUGAGGAUGGAGAGCGUAUUAACAGUAGUUCCAACUUGCCGUUGGUGCAUGGCACAUCCAGUAACACCUGGUUCCUGACCGCAGGUUGGAAUUGUUGAUAUUAUUCAGCCAGUCUGCAUUGUUGCAUUGCAGUCAGUGUUACCAACUUGGCCUAUCACUUGCUGGUGAAAUAACCAGGUACAGAACACAGGGAGUUUAAUAAGAUAAAUGAUGAUAAGGUAAGGGAUACACGUUGACCAGAUGGCCUAUUGCAUUUUAAAGUCAGGAGUAAGAUAUGUUGCAUUUGUUAUGUGUUUUACUGAAAUAAAGUUGCGCAGAGCGUGUAGUGUAAUGAGAUUCCAUUCGCUGGACAGUCACCUGGAAUUAGGUUUGUAUGUGGCCAUGGAAACAGAUUGGAAAGGUCAUCUCGACUAGCUAGUCGGCGAAUGGGUAGGCUUUUGCCCCCGAACUUCUAGCGUUUGUUUGAGAAAUGAACAUUUACAUAGCAUGACGAAACGUGCGUUUGACUAGUGAUAAUAUAAUAAGUUGAUCGCAAACUAGUAGAGAAUAAUGAACGUGUUAUUGACGUGAAGGAAUUUGUCACAUUUGCAUCUGUAGAACGGUAUCUGUAUGGCAUUGCGGUAUGUCGCUGUUUUUUGCGUGAAUGUUGUCAGGUUAUUAAUUGUUUUUAUUUGAAUCGGGUUUUGCGAUGCAGUUGCAUUGGUUUAGAAUUAACGUUCCGCAAUAACCAUAUACAUGAAAUAUGCACCAUCACAAUGGAUCUUCAGCAUCUCAAGUUAUUCUUUCAAGGAAGAGAAGUUGAUGAAUUUUCUUAAUUUAUGCUGUUGAAACUGCUGCUGAAUCGGCACAAAUAUAAUCGUAUUCAUUAGAUAACGUAUAAAAUGUUUUAAGAAUAUCUUUAAUAGUAGAUACAAACUGCCAGAUGGGAUAUUCACAGACAUGUUACAGUAACGUAAGUCCAUUUUAUGUACUGCCGUAAGACUCUGCCGUUUGUCUUUAUUACAAAAACAUCUGGUGCUUCACUUCUUUUAUUAUAGCCACGAACAAACAGCAAAGGAGCCGAUAUAAAGCCGCACAAGUUUUAAAAAAAGGUAUAAACGUGCUUUCAUCAUCAGUUUCAUGUUGUUGAUUUUUUUUAUAAACAUCGCACUGUCACUGGUUUUGUUUAAUUGAUGAAUUCUGUCAUUUUCUUUAAAUAUGGACAUCUUUCCUAGCUCUGACUCUUAGUGCAAUAUUUUUAUUAAUCGAAUUCAUCAGUUAAUUUUAUUAAUGCUUUAGCUGCCCCUUCAUAUGAACACUUCUUUUCUAGUCUGUGUUAAUAGUUUCAAAAAUGUUAUUGGUGUGACAGAAAGACCCCUGCUACGUUCCUCACGUGUUAGACUGCGGUGAACCGGGGUAAGGAGGGAGGAUUUGUCACAAUUUUUGAAACACAAGUAGCUAGCUUUUUUAAUAAAUAAGUUUCACUUGUGCCAAGUCAAUAAUAAUGAUAAUGUAAUAAAUAACAUUAAUAAGAAUGUUAAUAAUUAUUAUAUAAAUAAUUGUCACAAGAUUGAGUCUGUAGGUACAGUGUGACACGUGUCUCAGUGCAUGGUUAGUUUUAUGCCUAGACAGCGCACUGUUGCCGUACUGAAGAACUGAGAUGAAAACUGUACUACCACCACCACCACCACACCACAUAACAACCACCGUCACCAUUGAAGUGUGCACCUGUUGAGGACAAGAGCUGUGCACGGCUGUGCGUGACCACGUGUUGUGAUCCAAUGACCGACGUCUUUCAUCGUACGUGUGGGAGAGACUGGUGAAGGCCAUAAAGAGAUUUCAGUUUGAAAUAAUUUCUUUCUGCAAGGAGCUGUUACGCUGGGGCCACACGACCGUACAAAGUACGUCCGUUGUAACGCACAUCGUGACGUCCGUCAUAGAAUUAUGAAGGGGCAUACAACACACGAAGCACGCGCACGUGCUUCGUGUGUUGUACCCUAUAUGUACGGUCGUGUGGCCCCAGCCUUAAGGGUAAAGAAGCUCAUUUGUAAAUUUGUUGAUCUUUACUUAAAAUUGUAAUGUAUUAUAAUUGCAUUUGGUUCUGUCAGUAAUGUUUUACAUUUAUGUUUAUUGAAUAUGUGCGCACACACUGCUGUGUUGCAAGUGUACCAAUUUGAUUGCUUCUUUGUGACGUUUAGUUUUCAUGACGACGAGGUUGAGCCGUGUCAGGAACGUCAGAGAUUGCACAAAGAGCACACCAUGUGGAGUAAGGCAUUUGUGGCACUUUUACGGGGAAUAAAGUGUUCUGUAUACUUUUUUUUUUCAUUCGUGUGGAACUGGUUUUUUCAAAGCAGAUAUUUUAUGGUCUGUAAAAAAAAAUUUAAAAAAUAUUCUCGUACCUAUAUUAUGUGAUGGACUUAAUCCAUAUGUUGAAAUUUUUUUGCGUAGGCUUUAAUGAUUUUGAAUAUUUGGAUAUUUUUAUACUAAGAGUAAUCCAGACGGUCCCUUACUUCAUGUGGUAGUGUUUCUGCGGAUUUUAUAUAGUAGUAGAUACCGUGAACGUGUACUGACCUUUGCAUGGAAUAUUGUAACCACUUGCUCCCAGUUUUCUUCAGAACCAAAUGGUGAUGUAUAUGUUCUGUAAUGUAACUACUAUGUUAGUUUGUCUGCAGGUUUUUAGCGAUAGGAGGAAUGAUUGUAUUAAUUGUUUUGUAUAUAAACAUUUGUGAAGAGUUUUGAAAUAUUCACUCUUGCAGGUUGAUCACAGCUAAUAUACCUCUUGAUUUUUAAGAAGAUAUAUUCAGUGUAUGGUGUCUGUUAUAGGAUGCCUUUUGCUUUUAAAAAUUGUUCUAACAUUUCUCUAGUAAGAACUCCUCGAAUUAAAAACAUAAAGCAGCUCUAUAACUUUGCAACUUCUGAAGAAUAAUUGUACGAAGACAAUGUGAAUAUAUAAUUUCCCAAAUUAAAAUAUGAGAGAUUGUGUAAAUUUUCCUUAAUUGUGUUUAGAAUAAAUGUUCUGUAAAUUUUGCAAAA